AUGAACGCAUCUGACUGGCCAUCUAUCCCCCUCAACAACUCUCUACCUCACCACAACUACACGGAGACAUCCAGUAAAUCCAAGCCAGGGGCAUGUGAGCAGAUGCAUAUCGCCCCCGAGGUCUUUCUCACACUUGGCUUGGUCAGCCUGCUCGAGAACAUCCUGGUCAUCCUGGCCAUUGUGAAGAACAAGAACCUCCACUCGCCCAUGUACUUCUUCAUCUGCAGCCUGGCGGUGGCUGACAUGCUGGUGAGUGUCUCCAAUGCUUGGGAGACCAUCGUCAUCCACCUGCUGGCCAACCGUAGGCUGGUGGUGGAGGAUCACUUCCUGAGGCAGAUGGACAACGUCUUUGACUCCAUGAUCUGCAUCUCGGUGGUGGCUUCCAUGUUUAGCCUGCUGGCCAUCGCCGUGGACCGCUACGUGACCAUCUUCUACGCCCUACGCUACCAUAACAUCAUGACGGUGCGGCGUGCUGGACUGAUCAUCACAGGCAUCUGGGGUUUCUGCACAGGCUGCGGCAUCGUCUUUAUCAUGUAUUCAGACACGAUGCCGGUGGUGGUCUGCUUGGUGGCCAUGUUCUUGGCCAUGCUCCUGAUGAUGGCCUCGCUCUACAGUCACAUGUUCCUGCUGGCCCGUUCCCACGUCAAACGCAUGGCGGCUCUGCCCGGCUACAACGCCGCCGUCCAGCAGCGGGCCAGCAUGAAGGGCGCGGUCACCCUCACCAUCCUAUUAGGCAUCUUCAUCGUGUGCUGGGCGCCUUUCUUUUUGCACCUCAUCCUCAUGAUCUCCUGCCCUAGGAACCUGUACUGCGUCUGUUUCAUGUCCCACUUCAACAUGUACCUCAUUCUCAUCAUGUGCAACUCUGUCAUCGACCCUCUCAUCUACGCCUUCAGGAGCCAGGAGAUGAGGAAGACCUUCAAGGAGAUCAUUUGCUGCUAUGGUCUGCGUAGCAUCUGUAGUUUACCCACUAAAUAUUGA